CUUCGCGGUCGCGCGGGGGCUGCUACGUGAGCGCGCAGUGUGCUCGGGUCUCCGCUUUGCGCCGCGGUCAGUGCGGGCUGCAGUCGGUGAGAGAGAGAGAGAGAGAGAGAGAGGGAGAUUCGGGUCUGUGGUGCGGGUGUUUCCUGUCAUAGAGAUGCUGAGGAGCCGGACUCGGUGAGGAGGUGCCGGGAUGGCGGCUUGGGGCCCCCCGCGGUCUCCUGUCCGUAUGACCCGGGUGCUGCUGCUCGUGGGCUCCAUCCUUCUUCUCAUCUCCGUGCAGGAGCCGGCUGGAGCCGCGAGAACUGCAGGCUCCGGGUUCAGGACAUUCACGCCCUUCUACUUUCUAACCGAACCAGUGGACACUGUGACUUUACGUGGGACUCCAGCCAUUUUGAACUGUUCUGUAUAUGCCGAACCUUCUGCAAAGAUCGAAUGGAAAAAGGAUGGGACUUUUUUAAGUUUGGUUUCUGAUGACCGGCGGCGACUUCUUCCAGAUGGAUCUUUGUUUAUUACCAGUGUUGUACACUCCAAGCACAACAAACCAGAUGAGGGGUUUUACCAGUGUGUGGCCACCGUGGAGAGCUUGGGCAGUAUUGUCAGUCGCACUGCAAAACUCUCUGUUGCAGGUCUCCCCCGAUUUUCCAGCCAGCCUGAAGCCUCUUCUGUGUACAUUGGGGAUAGUUUUGUAUUGAGCUGUGAUGUAAGCCCAGAACUAGUGUCAUUUGUUCACUGGGAGCAGGACAGGUCUUUACGAGAACUGGAUGACAGAACUUCAUUGCUGUAUAAUGGCAGCUUGGUUAUCAGCAACGCCAAUGAGAGUGAUGCUGGUCUGUAUCGGUGUGGAGUGGGCAGUGGAGCAUCUCUCAAAUACAGUGAAGAGGCUGAGAUUAAAGUACUGCAAGAAAUGGGAGAGUAUCGCUCUCUGGUAUUUAUGCGCCAGCCUUUCUCCGUUACAAGCGUUGCAGGACAAACGGUACUGCUUUCCUGUGUGGUGUCUGGGUUCCCAACCCCCAACAUACACUGGAGCCACAAACAGGAAGAAAUCGUUCUUGACAGCUCGGACAGAUUGGCAUUGUUGGCGGGAGGCAGCCUGCAGAUCAGCAAUCUGACAGAGGAGGAUGCUGGGAUCUAUACAUGUACAGCAGACAAUGGAAACCAAACCAUACAGGCCCAAGCUGAACUUAUUGUACAAGUGCCUCCUGUUUUUAAUGUUAAGCCAUCUAAUACUCAUGCUCAUGAAUCUAUGGACAUUGUGUUUGAAUGUGAGGUGAGUGGAAAACCCACACCGGCUGUCAAAUGGGUGAAGAAUGGAGACAUGGUUAUUCCCAGCGAUUACUUCAAAAUAGUGGAUGAUCAUGAUCUGCAAGUUCUUGGACUGGUACGCUCAGAUGAAGGGUUUUAUCAAUGUAUUGCUGAGAAUGAGGUGGGAAAUGUUCAGGCGGCAGCUCAGCUGAUUAUUUUAGAGCCUGCUGCCACACCAGGAGGCCCUCUUCCAUCAUCCCCGAGGGAUGUCGUGGCCUCUUUGGUGUCCACGCGAUUCAUCAAGCUGACCUGGCGUGUACCUGCGGAUGCUCAUGGAGAAAAUCUUACUUACCAAGUCUAUUACAGCAAGGAGGGAAUGAACAGAGAACGUGUGGAGAACACCAGCCGCCCAGGGGAGUUGCAGGUCACCAUUCAGAACCUACUGCCAGAAACUGUCUAUUACUUUCGAGUUGUGGCACAAAAUAACCAUGGAACUGGGGAAAGUUCUACCCCUCUGAAGGUGGAGACACAACAUGAGGUUCAAGUUCCAGGUCCUGCACCAAAUUUAAGAGCCACAUCCACCUCCCCAACUUCUGUCAGUGUCAGCUGGGAAACUCCACUGUCUGGAAAUGGGGAAAUACAAAACUACAAACUCUACUACAUGGAGAAAGGUGCAGGAAAUGAGCAGGAUAUUGAUGUGGGGGGACUCUCGUAUACUGUCACUGGACUGAAGAAAUACACCGAAUAUACAUUCCGAGUUGUGGCGAUUAACAAACAUGGGCCAGGAGUGUCAACGCAGGAUGUCAUUAUCAGGACUCUUUCUGAUGUACCCAGUGCUGCUCCUCAAAACCUGACCCUGGAAGUGCGCAGCUCACAGAGCAUCCUAGUGCAGUGGCAACCCCCUCCUCUGGGCACUCAGAAUGGACAGAUUGUAGGUUAUAAGUUGCGUUACCGCAAGACUGCAAGAAAAACUGAAACUAUUGAGAUCCUGGUAGAAAACCAGCUCUCACAACUUGUUACUGGGCUAGAGAAGAACACAGAAUACAGCUUUCGGGUUGUGGCCAUGACCGUAAAUGGGAGUGGACCAGCCACUGACUGGGCUGCUGCAGACACAUUUGAAAAUGAUCUUGAUGAAUCACGUGUUCCUGAUAUGCCAAGCUCACUUCAUGUGCGUCCUUUGGUGACCAACAUUGUUGUUAGCUGGACACCCCCAGAAAAUCAGCAUCAAGUAGUUGUCCGUGGUUAUGCUAUUGGUUAUGGACUUGGAAGUCCUCAUGCUCAGACAGUUCGUGUUGACCAUAAACAGCGUUACUACACCAUUGAAAAUCUGGACCCUAGUUCACACUAUGUCAUCUCUCUGAAGGCUUUUAACAAUAUGGGGGAAGGCAUCCCUUUAUAUGAAAGUGCUGUAACGCGACAACAUACAGACACUUCUGAAGUUGAUGUUUAUGUUGUUCUGCCUCAUACACCCCAGUUCCCAGAGCCCAGCCCCAUGUUGCCCCCUGUGGGUCCAGCAACCAUCUUGAGCAGUGACACAGUACGGCUAACCUGGGCAGACAACUCUCUACCCAAAACCAGAAGAUCACAGAUGCACGUUAUUAUUUCUGCAAAAUGGAAAACCAACAUUCCAGCUAACACAAAGUACAAGAUGGCAAACAGUACAACACUCAGCUAUUUGGUUAGUGGUCUAAAGUCAAACACCCUUUAUGAGUUCUCAGUGAUGGUUACUAAAGGUCGACGGUCAAGUACAUGGAGCAUGACUGCCCAUGGCACUACCUUUGAAUCAGUGCCAUCCUCGCCUCCUAAAGAUGUGACUGUCGUGAGCAAAGAAGGCAAGCCACGCACUAUUAUUGUGAACUGGCAACCUCCAUCAGAAGCAAAUGGCAAAAUUACAGGCUACAUUAUAUAUUACAGCACAGAUGUUCAUGCAGAGCUGCAUGACUGGGUAAUAGAGCCAGUUGUUGGAAAUCGCCUGACCCACCAAAUUCAAGAGCUGACUCUAGAUACUCCAUAUUACUUUAAGAUCCAAGCAAGAAAUUCUAAAGGAAUGGGUCCCAUUCAGAAGCUGUGCUUUUUUCGUACACCAAAAGCAUCGGGUGUAUCAGGAAAAGGCCGCUCCUCAGAAAUGGGAACCACGCCACUCGGAGGCAGUAAUAGUCCUCAUGGAAGCCCUACUUCUCUGGAUCAGAACAUGCUGUUAACCAUCAUUGUAUCCCUUGGAGUUAUAACUGUGCUAGUGGCUGUGGUCAUUGCUGCCAUCUGCUCCCGACGCUCCAACGCCCACCAUAAAAAGAAAAGAGCUGCGUGCAAGUCUGUUAAUGGGUCCCAUAAAUACAAAGCCAACUCUAAGGAUGUGAAGCCUCCUGAUCUUUGGAUUCACCAUGAAAGACUAGAGCUAAAGCCAGUGGACAAGUCCCCAGAAACAAAUCCUAUGCUGACAGACACCAGUCUGCCCCGUUCCCCACAGGACCUGACACCUGGGGAAAGCACUACAGAAGGCAGCAUUCACCAGCACAGCAAUUCAUACCGAGGUCUGGAAUCAGAGGAUUCUGUAUCCUCACUUGCAGGACGUCGGGGAAUGAGACCAAAAAUAAUGAUGCCCUUUGACUCUCAGCCUCCGCAGCCGGUUGUCAGUGCUCAUCCCAUCCAUUCCAUCGAUAACUCUAAUUUCCGCUCAGUGCCUGGGUUCAUGCUGCACGUGCUGGGUGGAACUUCUCAUUCUGCAGAAUCUGUCCGACAUACCCCCAGCUGUGACACAGUAGUAGUAGCAGCAGCAGCAGCAUCAUCCACUUCUCAGACUGGUGGUGAGGACCCAGAUCCUCCAGGAGGCAGCUUUCUACCCGGUUCUUUGGAUGAAGAUUCAGGACCCAGCAUUCCUACAGCACAUAUCAGACCCACCCAUCCCCUGAAGAGCUUUGCAGUACCUGCUGUUCCUGUUCCAGCCUCCGGAGCAGCAUUUGAGCCACUGCCAAGCUCUCCCCUUUUGGCACAACAAGGUCCGUCCUCCCUAUCUGUAAAAACGGCUUCUCUAGGGACCCUGGGGAGAGUACGUCCUCCGCUUCCAGUAACUGUGCCCAGUGCCCCUGAACCACUAGAGACCAGCAGAAUGCUAGAUGGCUCAGAGAGUAGUUAUGAACCAGAUGAACUAAGCAAGGAGAUGGCUCACCUUGAAGGCCUGAUGAAGGAUCUAAAUGCCAUAACCACAGCAUGAAAACACAACCCCACCCCAGAGGCAAACCUGAUAGCGUAUGGACAGAGGCAGUGCAGCCCACCAGAAAGGGUCACAUUGAAGUGUACUGGCAAACAAGCCGGAAGCCCAGACUUUGUACGCUGAGGCAACCACCAAGGGCUGAAGCCUGGCAUUCUGUACCUUAUCAUUUCCUCUGAUUUCUAAGAUUUUAUGGGGGGUUUAUAUCAGAAGAGGAAUUUUAUGUAAACUAUGGAGGAAUAUUGUGUAUUUCCAUUGUUUUUGUUCUUUUCACCUCUAAUGGGCCUUCACCCCGUUGCUGUGGCUCAGUGUUAUGCCCCACCAUGUGGCCAGCCGGACAGCAGAAAGACACACAAUGGGAAGAAUUCCUUUCACAGCAACAGUUGCUUUUUGUGCAGUGUUUUCAGGCUGCGAAUCACAUCUGUUGGCAGCAACUCCCCCUCCAGCCUCUGUGAGACUUAAAACAGUGUUACUCCCCCUCCCCUAUACACACCACCAAUCCAGAAUUUUGGCUAGAUGUUCCCUCCACAUCUCCGUCCAUUUCCAAUGAUCCUGGCCCAAGAGGGAAUUGUACUGGGCCACUGCAGCCAGAUGGGAGGUCCUGGACCUGUGCAGUACAUGUAAUGAGGCUGCGUGAGCUGACCAGUCACAACGGUUUCCUUGUUUGCUGCCAUGAAAAAGCCUAGUUGUACAUGGCAUUGGUGGCUUCCUGAAAAGACUGAUAUGUGCUGGCCUUCUUUUUAACCAAUCUGUUCUUCAGCACUUUCACGUUGGUCCAUUUUUCAUCUUGUGACUUCCUUGUUGUUGUAAAUGGAUUCACCACCCUCUGCAUCCUCCUGUAUAUUGUCCUAUCCACCAACACACCCAGUCUUUUCUGUACAGAAAAUUCAUUCUAUUUUUUUUUUUAUUAUUAUUGCUUUCUCUGUAGUGUUUAGAAUGUAUCUUUUUAUUGUGACUUUUUUUUAUAACAUCAUGAUUAUUAUUUGGUAUUGGAUUUCAAUACACUUUUUUAUUCAAUCAAAUAGUUUUUCAUGCUUUUUAUAUAAUGCCUAAAUUUGUCCUUGUAUCGUAACACCAAAAUUGUCUCCAGUGUUUACGUUCACAUUACCUUAAGGUUUCUUUCUUUACAGGGUUUGCUAUAUUCAGGUUUGUUAAAUAACAUAUGGUUUCUUGCAAGCUGCUAUAACAGUAUUCACCAAACAGAUGAGAUGUAAAAAUUAAACAAGGGAAUGACA